CGUGCUUUGCUGAAGCCCAUGGCGUACACAUAUAGCAGCUCUUCAGCUGCUCCAGUGGGUUCCCAGUACUGCGUCUGUCGAGUGGAACUUUCGGUUUCCUGCCAGAACCUUCUCGACCGGGAUGUCGCCUCCAAAUCUGACCCCUUUUGUGUCUUAUUAUUGGAAGUAAAUGAAAAAUGGACUGAGAUUGACAGAACUGAAACAAGUGUCAACAACCUGAACCCCGUAUUUUCAAAGAAGUUUACCACAAACUACCACUUUGAAGAGGUCCAGAAGUUAAAGUUUGCCAUUUUUGACCAGGACAAGUCCAGCACACAGCUGUAUGAACAUGACUUUUUGGGAGAGUAUGUAUGUACGCUUGGAUCGAUCGUUUCAAGCAAGAAGAUAACACGACCCUUGAUUUUAGGAAAUGGGAAGCCAGCGGGAAAGGGAGCCAUAACGAUUAUUGCCCAGGAGUUGUCCGAUAACAGAGUGAUAACACUCUCCAUGGCUGGGAGGAAGUUGGAUAAGAAGGACCUGUUUGGAAAAUCUGAUCCAUUUUUAGAAUUCUACAAACAAGGAGAUGACGGGAAGUGGAUGCUGGUUCACAGGACAGAGGUCAUAAAAUACACACUGGACCCGGUAUGGAAGCCCUUUACUGUGCCCUUACAAUCUUUGUGCAAUGGAGACAUCGAGAAGCCAAUAAAGAUUACAUGCUUUGACUACGACAAUGACGGAGGACAUGAUUUUAUAGGAGAAUUCCAGACUACAGCACUGAAACUGUGUGAAGCUCGGGAUAAUCUGACUGUAGAGUUUGAAUGUAUUAAUCCAAAGAAACAAAAGAAAAAAAGAAGCUACAAAAACUCUGGAAUAAUCAUCAUUAAAUCCUGCAAGAUCACGAGGGAUUAUACCUUCCUUGACUACAUACUAGGGGGAUGCCAGUUAAUGUUUACAGUUGGAAUUGACUUCACAGCAUCAAAUGGAAAUCCACGGGACUCCUCAUCUUUACAUUACAUCAAUCCUAUGGGAACCAAUGAAUAUCUCUCUGCACUUUGGUCAGUGGGACAGAUCAUCCAGGAUUAUGAUUCAGAUAAACUAUUCCCAGCAUUGGGAUUUGGUGCACAGCUGGCUCCAGACUGGAAGGUGUCUCAUGAAUUUGCUAUCAACUUUAAUCCUACAAGCCCGUUCUGUUCAGGAGUUGAAGGCAUUAUAGAAGCAUACUCUGCUUGCCUCCCUCAAAUACGCUUCUAUGGACCAACCAACUUCUCCCCAAUAAUCAACCAUGUGGCGCGAUUUGCAGCACAGGCAAUGACCCAAGAUUCAGCAGCACAAUACUUCACCCUUCUCAUCAUAACAGAUGGUGUCAUUAGUGACAUGGAUGAAACAAGACAUGCCAUUGUACAAGCUUCAAAGCUGCCCAUGUCCAUUAUCAUCAUCGGAGUGGGGAAUGCAGACUUUUCCGCCAUGGAGUUUCUCGAUGGGGAUAACAGAGUACUCAAAUCUCAUACUGGCGAGGAGGCAUUGCGGGACAUUGUACAGUUUGUGCCAUUUCGGGAGUUUCGUAAUGCUCCUAAGGAAACUCUGGCCAAAGCGGUACUCGCAGAGCUUCCUCAACAAAUGGUGGAUUACUUCAAGAACCACAACUUGCCUCCCAUCAAGGCUGAAGGUGUAUAACUUCCUGGACCCGUAGCCCAUUUGGCAGGAAGCCUGUGAAUAAAACUCAUUACAGUAUGAAACCAGCAAUCUGUCUCAGCAGUGAGAAAAUGUCUUUCGGGGUGGUCAGAUACGGACAUCCUUCUCUGUAGUAUUAAAGCCAUUGUAUUCUUUUUU